UGUCAACAGGACGAACAGACACACGUGUGGAGGAAGAGGCAUGAGUUUGAACCACUGAGAUGAUUGUUGAAUUAAAAAGAAGAUAAAUGCGCGGAGUUUGAGGAAUAUUGAUCAAAAAUGAAGUUUGCUUAUGGGUUUUCCAAUCUGCUCGGCGCAGUCUACCGCCAGGGCAACUUGAAUUUCUCUAAGGAUGGGAAUAGGGUGAUCAGUCCUGUUGGAAACAGAGUCUCUGUCUUCGACCUGAAGAACAACACAUCUGAGACAUUGCCCGUUUCCACCACGAAGAACAUAACGUGUGUGGGUCUCUCUCCUGAUGGAAACUUGGCAGUAAUAGUGGACGAGGAUGGUGCAGCCCUGUUGGUCAGUCUCGUCACCCGAGCCGUCCUUCAUCAUUUCCACUUCCACAAACCCGUGAGCAGCAUCCGUUUUUCACCUGACGGCAGGAAGUUUGUCGUCACGAAGGAGAACGUGGCUCUGAUGUACCACGCUCCCGGGAAGCAGCGGGAGUUCAACGCCUUCGUGUUGGACAAGAGCUACUACGGUCCGUACGAUGAAACCACCUGCAUCGACUGGACUGACGACUCCAAGUGUUUUGUGGUGGGCAGCAAAGACAUGUCGACGUGGGUGUUUGGUGCAGAGCGCUGGGCCAACCUCAUCUACUACUCCCUGGGCGGACACAAGGACGUGAUGGUGGGGUGCUUCUUUGAGAAGGACAGCCUGGAUCUGUACACGGUGAGCCAGGACGGGACGCUGUGCGUCUGGGAGAGCGACACCGAACUGGGCGGCCUCGUCCUGAAGAAGAGCCGGGACAAAGCGCCCGAGCCACUGAGACAGCGAGAGGACGACGAGGAAGACAAGCUGGAGGGAGAGGAAGGCGAGGUCAUCAGAGGGAAAGCUGAAGCUCCAAAAGAGAAGGACACGAAGAAUGUCAGAUACAAGCACAGGAGCAGACACUUCUUCAACAAGGAGGGGGAUUUCAACAGCCUGACCGCUGCCGCCUACCACAAGCCGACUCACAUCCUGGUCACUGGCUUCGCCUCCGGUAUCUUCCACCUGCACGAACUCCCGGAGUUCAACCUGAUUCACUCCCUCAGUAUUUCAGACCAGAGGAUCGCUUCAGUUGCCAUAAACAGCUCUGGAGACUGGAUCGGCUUUGGGUGCUCAGGUAUGGGUCAGCUGCUGGUGUGGGAGUGGCAGAGCGAGUCGUACGUCUUCAAGCAGCAGGGACAUUUCAACAACAUGGCCUCGCUGGCGUACUCGCCGGACGGGCAGUACGUCGUGACGGGAGGCGACGACGGCAAAGUCAAAGUGUGGAACACCAACAGCGGCCUCUGCUUUGUCACCUUCACGGAGCACAGCAGCAACGUCACCUGCGUCACCUUCACCUCCAGCGGCUUCGUCAUUGUCAGCGCCUCCCUGGACGGGACAGUCCGAGCGUUUGACCUGCACAGGUACCGAAACUUUCGGACGUUCACUUCUCCUCGGCCCGCGCAGUUCUCCACCCUGGCAGUCGACCACAGUGGCGAGCUGGUGAGCGCAGGAGCCCAGGACUCCUUCGAGAUCUUCCUCUGGUCCAUGCAGACCGGCCGACUGCUGGAGGUUCUCGGGGGUCACGAGGGUCCAGUCAGCUGCUUGUGUUUCAGUCCAGUCCAGUCCGUCCUGGCCAGUGCUUCGUGGGACCGCACCGUCCGCCUGUGGGACAUGUUGGACAGCUGGCAGGUCAAGGAGACGAUUCCGCUCACCUCUGACGUUUUGUCUUUGACUUACCGCCCUGAUGGGCAGGAGUUGGCCGUGGCCACUCUGAAUGGUGAGAUCUCUUUCUGGAACCCUCACACAGCCACACAAACCAGCUCCGUGGCUGGACGCCACGAUCUGGAAAUGGGCCGCAAGGAGGUGGAUAAAAUCACGGCUAAACAGUCAGCCAAGGGCAAGUCCUUUACGUGUUUGUGCUACUCUGCGGACGGUGAGUCGAUUUUGGCCGGAGGCCAGUCCAAGUUCGUCUGCAUCUACAACAUCAAGGAGCAGAUGCUCAUGAAGAAGUUUGAAAUCUCCUGCAACUUGUCCUUCGAUGCCAUGGAGGAGUUCCUGGACCGGCGGAAGAUGACUGAGUUCGGCAGCCUGGCUCUGGUGGACGAGGGGGCUGGCGAUGGGGACGGGGUCAACAUCAGCCUCCCUGGCGUCAGGAGAGGUGACAUGAGCUCUCGCCAUUUCAAGCCAGAGAUCAGAGUCAGCUCGCUGCGGUUCUCCCCUACGGGUCGCAGCUGGGCGGCCACCACCACCGAGGGACUGCUGGUCUACUCCCUGGACGGGUCUAUGGUAUUUGACCCCUACGACCUUGACCUGGACGUGACACCGGUCAGCAUACGCAAGCAACUGCGGCUUCAGGAGUGGGCGUCAGCCAUCGUGCUGGCGUUCCGACUCAAUGAGAAGGCCCUCAAGCAGGAGGUGCUGGAAACGGUGCCACACGAGCAGAUCCCGGUGAUUUGCGGCUCCCUUCCUGACAUUUACGUGGAAAAGCUCCUGGGGUUCGUGGCGACGUGUUUGGAGAAGUCGGGUCACCUGCAGUUCUACAUGACCUGGGCACAGAACCUCCUCAUGCUUCACGGACAGAAACUCAAGAACAGGUCCGGGGCCAUACUGCCCACCCUCCAGGCGCUACAGAAGAGCAUCCAGAGACACUUUGACAACCUGUCCAAACUGUGUGACUUUAACAUGUAUAACAUUCGGUAUGCCGUGGCCCUGUCGAAGCAGAGGGGUAUGAAGAGAGAAGCUGAGGAGGAGGUGGAGGAGGAGGAGGAGGAGGAGGAAGAGGAGGGAGAGGAUGAUGAAGGGCUGUCUGAGGAGAUGAGCGAAGCCUCCAUUGGCGAUGCAGAGAUGAUUCUUUAGGAUGUGUCCUGAAGCCCCCUCCUUUUUUCACCAUACAGAAAGAAAAAUAAUGUUGGACUGUUUUUUAAAUAAAUUUAUAUGUAAAUGUG